GUGUUUAUUGUCUUGAUGCUGCUCCUUUUUCUCUAUAUUAAUAAGAAGUUCUGUUUUGAAAAUGUUGGAGGGUUUCCAGAUCUUGGUUCAGGAUACAACACACGGAAGAAUUCACAAGAUAAAAUGUAUAAUUCCUACAUGGACAGAGAUGACCCUGGUUCAUCCUCUGAAAGUGAAGAUGAAGCUCUGGGUAAAUACCACGAGGCCUUAUCUAGAACACACACUUCCAGGUGGCCACUGGUGGAUUCUAGACAAAAGAACUACGCCUGGGAAACAAGGCAAAAAUACAGCCCUUUGUCCGCAGAAUAUGAUGGGUACAGCAGCGAAGCAUCCAUAGAGGACGGGAGCUGCAUUCAGAGAAUGAGGAGGACGCCGCCAUUGGAUGAGCUUCAGCCACCGCCUUACCAAGACGACAGCGGCUCUCCUCACCUCUCAUGCACACCCUCCGAAAUCGGGGACGGGAAGUGUGAGGUUUCCCGCUGCAGCAACAGCCCACAGUGUUCUUUCAACAAGUGCCCCAGUGAAGGAAGCACGGGGCAUGAGGCAGAGAGCUUCCACAACAAAGGAUAUGAAGAUGAUGUCCCUAGUGACAGCACCGCAGUCCUCAGCCCGGAAGACAUGUCAGCUCCAGGAUCCUCCUCACAGCUUCCUAAACCUUUUGACCCAGAGCCAGAAGCUAAGUAUGGCACCCUGGAUGUGACUUUUGACUAUGACUCACAAAGACAGAAGCUUCUGGUAACGGUGACAGCGGUCACAGACAUCCCAACACAUAACAGGACAGGUGGCAACUCAUGGCAGGUGCACCUUGUCCUUCUCCCUAUAAAGAAACAGAGAGCCAAAACCAGCAUCCAGAGAGGACCAUGCCCUGUCUUCACAGAAACAUUCAGAUUUAACCACGUUGAAUCGGAGAUGAUCGGAAACUAUGCAGUUAGGUUUAGACUGUAUGGUGUCCAUCGUAUGAAGAAAGAAAAGAUUGUGGGGGAAAAGAUUUUUUAUUUAACAAAGUUGAAUCUUCAAGGGAAAAUGUCGUUACCGGUGAUACUGGAACCUUCUUACAAUCCUUCUGGCUGUGACUCCCAGGUGAGCUUGUCAGAAGUGUCCUGUGGGGAAAGUACAUCCUCCUGUCAGUCUCUUGAACAUGGCUCCGUUCCAGAGAUCCUCAUCGGUCUCCUCUACAAUGCCACCACUGGAAGACUGUCAGCAGAAGUGAUCAAAGGCAGCCACUUCAAAAACCUGGCAGCAAACAGACCACCCAAUGGACUGUUCUGUUGUCUAAAACACUUGAUAGGUGGACAGGUUUAUAUAAUCCGAGAUACAUAUGUUAAGUUAACACUGCUGAAUUCCAUGGGCCAAGAGAUGUCCAAAUGCAAGACAUCCACCCGCAGAGGGCAACCAAACCCGGUGUACAAGGAAACUUUUGUUUUUCAAGUGGCCUUGUUUCAACUUUCCGAUGUGACUCUCAUCCUGUCUGUGUAUAACAGGCGCAGCAUGAAAAGAAAGGAGAUGAUAGGCUGGAUUUCCUUAGGUCUGAACAGCUCUGGGGAGGAGGAGCUCAGACACUGGACUGCAAUGAAGGAGUCCAAGGGACAGCAAGUGUGCAGGUGGCAUGCCCUGCUGGAGUCCUGA